CCGAUGGUGUCUCUUUACCUUCAACUAAAUUCGUCUGGGAUCGGACCGCGAUCGAAUUCAGGCGAAUUAAUUGGAGCUUUGCGUCAAAGUUUGGAUCUUUUUGGCUUCUGGGCAUAGGAAUUUAAACCCUCAUUUCGGUUAACAUUAGAAAGAAACAUUAUGCGGUGGCUGAGCCUGUCUGUUGAUGUCUACCGUAAAGUUUCCUUGAACUUGUACUGCCGAGUUAUCCUGUAAUUUGAGCUUGAAAACUAGUGACAUUCUCCCUUUCUCUUUCUUCUUUUCGAUCUAGUCCAUUGUAAAGGAGUCCCUCUUCAUUGGUCCAAAAAUUAAUUGGUUACUUUUGCUUCAUCUCUAGUUAUUGUCGUACCACUCUUUUGAACCUCUAUCUUGCUGUCCUUUGAUUAAAUUGAAAGAGGCUAGUAUAGUUCCUCUGGUGGUUGGUGGUUGGAAUUGGAGGAAGAAAGUAAUGGUGAACCAAGCAGCGACACAGACAAGAUUCAGAGCAUUGAAGCACGAGAAGAAUGGGAUCCCGGGGAAUGCCACCAUCAUCGUUCGUGUCAUAGCUUGUUUCCAACCAUUACAAGAUUGCCAGGCUGAAUACUUUCGCCAGCUCCUGAAACCUGUGACGUAGAUUAGUUUCUGUUUCCCGCGUUUUAAUCAUAGUAAAGUGAAGAACACUCAAUUUGCUGUCAUUUCCUUUGGAGCGUGAUUCUUUCUCCAAUUUGAUCCUUCUUGCAGUCAUUUCCAUCGGUGAUAUUUUUAUGGGGGAGGACUUCGAUCCGUGGCAGUUACGUAGUUUCAACUGUGAAAGUAACGUCGGAGCAUCUGCUCUUGAUCCUAAACAGAGCACAAAUCCCAACUAUGCUGACCCUUUUGGGUUCUUCAGUCCGAAUCCAUUUUCGAUGCAGUCUUCAAAUCCAACCGGGUUUACUUCAGAUGCAAAUAGGUUCAUGGUUUUUGAUCGCUUGGGAGAUGAAACAAACCCAAUGUAUAAUAAUCCAUUUGGUUCACAGUUCCCCUACUCUUAUCCCUCCAAUGCCGGAACUAAUGUUUACAAUGGGAACGUGAACGAAGAGAUGCAUGAAGAAGACCCUGAGGAGAUUGAUGCACUCCUUUACUCAGGCUCCGACAACGAACAAGAAUAUGAAGAAGAAGAAGAAGAAGAAGAGAAAACAAGAGAAAAUUUAGACGGCGAAGAAGAAGAAGAGGAGGAGGAGGAGGUUGCUACUUCUGCUGUGCUUCAUCCUUCACAUCCACCAUCCAAAAGGCGGAGGGUUGAUCUGUCGCUAGCUGAUACUGCAAGCUCAACCAACUGUAAUAGCAGUGCGAAGAAGGCCAAGAGGAAGAAGAUCCAGGAGAAGGUUGGAGUUUUGAGGCGGAUAAUUCCCAGUGGGAAAGGGAAGGGGAAAGAUACUAUGGCCGUGCUCGAUGAGGCCAUCGGGUAUCUGAAAUCACUGAGGUUGAAGGCUAAGGGACUUGGAGUUGGUGCUCUCAAGUAAAGAUCAACUGCAGUGUGUGUGUGCGCGCGUGUAUGAUACUACCAAGCGUGAGAAACGCCAGAGCUGAUGAUUGAGAUUGGGAUUGAGACCUUCGCGCGUGAGGAGAGACGUGCUUCUUCCCUUUUUGACCCAGGGAGCAGCACGCGUGAUGGAACUUUAGGCAUGCAGCUGGCCUUUUUUAUGUUGCUUUUCUGUUCUUUGCUUUGCUUUAUUAUUAUUGCUAGGAAUAGGAGAACUUUUGUUGUGUCUUGUGUGUGAGAAAAAGGAGGCAAGAGGAAUUGGGGUGCUUUUAUGGAUGUCUAUGUUGUCUCCAAUGCAGGUAAGUUGUCAGGUAUGUUUGAUAGGACAUGAAGCUUUUGUGUUGUAUGUGUAAUAUCAAGCUUUUGAUUGAAUGGUAUUUUUCGCGUUUGUUUAUA